AUGAAGAAACAUCAAACCCGACAAAAAACUAUUAAUGAUCCAGUCAUUGUAUCCCGGGUAAAAAAUUAUCUUGCUGAAAAUGUGGAUAAGACAUUCGUUGAUGUUAGCCAAAUGGCGCGUUCUCUUAAAGAGCGCUAUCGUGAAUACAGCAACAGAAGCGAUAAUGCAUUUUGUCAACUGGUUGAAAGUGCCUACAAAGUGGUAUUGCAAAGCUACGGAUUGGAUGGAGCGUCCACGUCAGAGGGCUCCGAGGAGGAAUCGGAUUUAGAGUUAUUAGACGAAAACAACAGUGAAUUGAAUGAUCGCUUAUUAGCUAUGUAUAAAAUGCAGGAGAAAAAGCGACCACCGGUCAUACGUCGAGCUAAUGACAAAUCUGGUGAACCCAUAGAUAUAUUGAGCAGUGACGAAGAUGGCAGCGCAGCCCCAAAAAUACCCAAAAUAAAUGAUCAAAUAACUAUUACACCCCACAUACCGAAUCGAAAUACAAAUAGUACAGCGGUAGAAAGUCCCGCACGUGAGAAAUCGCAACCAAUUCAGAAUGCAGCAGAUAAAAAAAGGAAAUUGGAGUCAAAUAAAAUUGCACAACCUAAGAAAAAACCUGAACUUGGUAUUGUUAAAAAUGUCAAGGUUAGUUUUGAAGAUAUCGGCGGUAUAUCAGAUAUUAUAACACAAAUUUGUGAUCUUGUAUUGCAUAUGAAACAUCCCGAAGUGUAUGCAAAACUGGGUAUUAAAUCACCCAGAGGAGCUCUAUUGCAUGGACCCCCAGGCACUGGAAAAACAUUGUUAGCACAUGCUAUUGCAGGAAAACUUCAAUUACCACUUAUAGCUGUUACUGGUACUGAACUAGUCGGAGGUGUCUCGGGAGAAUCUGAAGAACGAAUCAGGGAGCUGUUUGAAAGGGCUACAACGGUAGCACCAUGUAUUUUAUUUAUAGACGAAAUAGAUGCAGUUUGUGGAAACAGAAUGAAUGCUCAAAAAGAGAUGGAAAAAAGAAUGGUUGCUCAACUACUUGCCAGCUUAGAUAGCUUAAAUGAAAACAGUGCCUCAGUUCUUAUACUUGCUGCUACAAAUAAUCCUGAUUCUUUAGACCCUGCACUAAGAAGGGCUGGCCGUCUUGAACAGGAGAUAACCUUAGGAAUACCUUCACUAAAAGCAAGAAAAGAAAUAUUACUAAUUCUAUGUAAAAAUCUAGCUCUCGGUGAUGAUGUAAACAUGAAUGACUUGGCACAGAUAACUCCGGGUUUUGUAGGUGCUGAUUUACAAGCUCUUGUUAACAAAGCAAGCACAUAUGCUGUAAAGAGAAUCUUUGCUAAAAUAGGUCAGCAUAGAAUAGAAAAUGUUAAGGAAAUUAUGGAAAACAAAGAUAAUGAAGGUAAAAUACCGAAUGGUGAUAAUAGUAAUGAAGAAAUUGUUAAGGAAGCAGAUAUAGUGCCUGAUAAUGUUUUAGAACCCUCAAUACAGGAUGGCACAACUGAGGCAGUGAAUUCUCAGGAAACUGAUCAGGGUAAUGGAAUCAUUGAAUCAGUACAGAAAGCACCAGAAAUUGAGAUUAAACCAAUGGACCCAGUUGAUGAAGUCUUAAGCCUCCUUGAAAACACUCAUCCUUAUACUUCCGACCAGUUAACUGGAUUGGCCAUCAUACAAGAAGAUUUUCUAAAGGCCCUGAAAACAACCAAACCUUGUGCUGUAAGGGAAGGUAUUGUAACAGUUCCUGAUGUUACAUGGGAUGAUGUAGGAUCUUUAAAUCAAGUUCGUAAAGAUUUACAACUGGCUGUUCUUGCACCUGUGAAAUAUCCCGAACAGCUUAAGAAAUUAGGAUUAUCAUCACCAAGCGGCGUUUUAUUAUGUGGCCCACCUGGAUGUGGGAAGACAUUACUAGCAAAGGCUGUAGCCAAUGAAGCUGGCGUAAAUUUUAUAUCUGUGAAAGGUCCUGAAUUGCUAAACAUGUACGUCGGUGAAAGCGAACGGGCAGUCCGCACGUGUUUUAGACGCGCGAGAAAUUCAGCUCCUUGUGUUAUAUUCUUCGACGAAUUCGACGCUUUAUGUCCUAGACGUAGCUCGCACGAUAACAAUGGAACUGCGAGAGUUGUAAAUCAAUUGCUGACAGAAAUGGACGGUAUCGAAAGUCGAGAAGGCGUCUUCGUUCUGGCCGCAUCCAACCGACCAGAUAUCAUUGACCCUGCUGUACUACGACCAGGCAGGCUGGACAGGAUCAUGUAUGUUGGGAUGCCAGCAUCAGAAGACCGUUACGAUAUAUUGCAGAAACUAACUAAAGGAGGAACUAAACCGUCUCUCGGCCAAGAUGUUGAUUUACGAUAUAUAGCUGAAGUAACUGAAGGUUACACUGGCGCUGACUUAUCGGGUCUGGUUAGAGCGGCUGCAACCUAUUCAUUAACCAAUCAUAUCGCCAAUGGCACUCUAGACGGCGAUAUAUUUGUAUCAUUCGAAGACUUCAGAUCUGCUUUAUCUAAAUGUAAACCAUCUAUAUCUCAGAAGGAGCAAUUGCAUUACGAGAAGUUAAGAAUAAAAUAUUCCGGUAGUGUAUAUGAAAGGGACAUGUUGAUGGAGACUGAACCUACAAAUGAAGAAUCUAUGGAUACUGUGUAA